AGUGUGCACGGCUAACUCUCGGUCGUCACAAUGGGAAGCAGGAUCUCUUCUCUACUGACCGGUGACCCCAAUGACAUAUCUCUGAGCCUCAGAGGUCUGUAUGGCUAUCAGAAUGUGGUGAUCCACACAGCCCAGGUCCUGGGCUCUGGAUCCUAUGGCAAGGUGGUGAAGGCAACACUGGAUAAAAAGCCAUGUGCUGCUAAAAUCCUCCAUCGAGUCUUCAUUGACUCCCAGGACCCUGGACUCUCUGACUUCAUCUCUCGAUUUGAGCAGGAGUGCCAGAUCCUGCGAGACCUGAAACACCCCAACAUUGUCCAGUUCCUGGGUGUGGUCCAAGACCCCACCACCAACAAGCCCAUUCUCCUCAUGGAGCUGAUGAAAGGACAGUCUGACACACUUUCUGGAGAGCUCGCCAACCGACAUACCCUACCAUGUCCAAGUGAACAUCUCCCACGACAUAGCUCUAGCAGUGGCUCACCUGCACAGGAAUGGCAUCCUCCAUCGAGACCUGUCCAGCAACAACAUCCUCCUGAAUGCCAGCCACCAGGCCAAGGUGACCGACUUUGGCAUGUCCAAGAUCGCAGCCUCCAAUCCCUCCAUGACCCGCAGUAAGGUGACCAAGUGUCCAGGAACACUGGUCUACAUGCCACCAGAGGCCCUUCGUC